AUGAAGAUUAUGAAUAUCUCCCAUAGACAUUCAGUAAUUCCAUCUAAAUUCCAGAAUCAUAAUAUCAAGAAUGUCUUCAAAUUCAAAACCCGUAAUUCCUUUCCCCACAGUUUUCUUAUCUGCGCUUCACACAGUCACAAAAAUGGCAGCACAUUCACAAUCUCUUGUAAGCUCAAAACCUCUAAGAACGAUAUUGAUAAGAAGAGCAUGGACAAGAGUUUACAAACCAAGAUUGUGGUGCCUGAGCUGGAUGGAGCACCGUCGCUUUCCAGGGCGGAGGAGGAGCGGGGAAGCGGUGCUCCAGUGAAGCCACCGCCGCUGUCCAGUAAGAAAAAUGUUUUGGGGUUGUUGAAGGGGUUGCCCAGAAGGAUUUUGGCGGUUCUUUCUAAUUUGCCUCUGGCUAUUGCUGAGAUGUUUGUUGUGGCUGCGUUAAUGGCCUUAGGCACAAUUAUUGAUCAAGGUGAGGCACCAGGAUACUAUUUUCAGAAAUACCCCGAAGAUAAUCCUGUCCUCGGAUUCUUCACAUGGAGGUGGGUUCUCACGCUCGGCUUUGACCGCAUGUUCUCAUCUCCAGUAUUCCUGGGAACAUUGGCUCUUUUAGGAGCAUCACUCAUGGCGUGCACGUACACAACACAGAUCCCCGUUCUGAAGGUAGCAAAAAGAUGGUCUUUCUUAUAUUCAACCGAGGCAAUUCGUCGGCAGGAAUAUUCAGACACCUUGCCCAGAGCUUCACUUCAGGAUUUGGGUAUCAUUUUAAUGGGGGCCGGAUAUGAAGUAUUCUUGAAAGGGCCAUCAUUGUACGCCUUCAGGGGUUUGGCUGGUAGGUUUGCUCCUAUUGGAGUACAUUUAGCAUUGUUGCUAGUAAUGGCUGGUGGAGCUCUUAGUGCUACUGGGAGCUAUAAAGGGUCAGUAACAGUGCCACAGGGUUUGAACUUUGUUAUUGGAGAUGUACUGGGGCCCAGUGGGUUUCUAUCAACUCCUUCAGAAUCUUUCAAUACCGAAGUUCAUGUCAAUAGGUUCUACAUGGACUAUUAUGACAGUGGAGAGGUUUCUCAGUUUCAUAGCGAUCUGUCUCUGUUUGACUUUAAUGGGAAGGAGGUAAUGAGGAAGACAAUAAGCGUCAAUGAUCCUUUAAGGUACGGUGGGAUCACUAUAUACCAGACUGAUUGGAGUUUGUCGGCAUUACAAAUAACGAAGGAUGAUGAAGGACCUUUUAAUUUGGCUAUGGCACCUCUAAAAAUCAAUGGGGACAAAAAGCUUUAUGGAACUUUUCUGCCUGUCGGAGAUGCUGAUUCUCCUGAUGUUAAGGGAAUAUCGAUGCUAGCUCGUGACUUGCAAUCAAUUGUCCUAUAUGAUCAAGAAGGAAAAUUUGCAGGAGUCCGACGGCCAAAUUCAAAGCUUCCAAUUGACAUUGAUGGUUUUAAAAUUGUUGUUGUAGAUGCAAUUGGUAGUACUGGCCUUGAUUUAAAGACUGAUCCUGGUGUGCCAAUUGUUUACGCUGGUUUUGGUGCUCUAAUGCUCACCACGUGUAUCAGUUUUUUAUCACAUAGCCAGAUUUGGGCAUUACAAGAUGGAACAACAGUGGUGAUUGGAGGCAAAACAAACCGAGCCAAGGGUGAAUUUCCAGAAGAGACCAAUCAGUUGCUUGAUCAGGUCCCUGAAAUAGUAGAGUCAACUUCUUCUACACAAUCUAACAAUCUCAGUGGCUAG